GUUUGCGCCUUUCGCUUGCUUGCGUGCGUUGUUUGUCGUUGAUCGACACCUCACCAGCCACGCCUUGCUGCUUGCUCUGCUGCUGGGUUGUGUUGUUUGUUUGGUUGUUGUAUUUCCACCUUGUGCUGAGCACACCAAACCUCAAGCCCUUUGACGUCGUGACACGAGCUCGCACGAAACCACACACGCAAACACACACACAUACGCUCGUCGCCAAGAAGUGCCACCUCACUCCACUCCACUCCACUCCUCUUUUUCCUCGCCUUGCCUUGAUUGUGGCGCGGCAUCUCCUUCUUUAUCGUCCUACCUCCCACCUCCACCUCCACAAACCAAACAUAGACAUAACAAGAAGCGCGCUGCUGUGAGUCGGCGUGUUUCCCCCCCCCACCCCCACUUGUUGUCUGUUGACAGACCAUUGUCGCAGUGCGACUAGCCUUCGUCUCGGCUCUCGUGCUGUCGUCCUUCUGCACGCCUUUUCGUUUGCUUCGUGCUUCCCGACAGCUCUGUGCGCCUUCUCCUUCCUAACUCAAGCAACCAAGCAAGCACCCGAGCAAGGUCUUCCGUGAAUCCACGAUAGCAACCACAACACCAACAUGACGGGCACGCGUCGGCAGGAACCGACUAUCUCGGAGAUGAUCUCCAAGUACUCCGAAGCCAUGAGUGCAGGCCUGCCCAACAUCUUCCAGCGCAGCCCGACACUCAACAUUGCAGACGCGCUCAGCGUAAGCGCCGUCACCCCACACGCCGCCGCCCCGGCGAGCAACGCGUCCCCUGUCAGCACAUGCACGGGUGCAGAGUCAAAGCGCGAGUCGCUGGCCUUUCUGUCGGACGCGCCGCUCCGCAGACAGCGGUCUCGAUCCACCUCAUCCUCGCGGCACACCGCUGUGCAGGAGGUGGACGAGGAAGAAGACGAAGACACAUCCACGACCACGACCGCGACCACCAGCGCCAGCACGCUGCACGGCGAUAUCGACGCCCUCUUUGCCGGCGUGCACGUGGUUGGCGUUCGUGCAGACUCGUCCGUUUCGCCUGCACAGCGCCGGCGCCGCCGCAGCAACAGCAAAGGGCACGCACACACCAUGAUGCAGCGCCAGCAGCAGUACCAGCAAUACCAGCAGCAGCACGCCCGCAUCAGCAACAGCAGUGGCAGUGGCAGUGGCAGUGGGCUCGGCGUGGACGGCGGAGUUGGGCUUGAAAAGCGGUCGCCGAUCAAGCGCGCAUCGCCGCCGGCGCGUCCAAAGGCAGACGUCUUCUCCUUUGACGCAAAGACCGUUCAGAACUACCACGACAAGAUCCGCGACCGCCUCACCGUACGUGGCUAUGGGGCGAUUGUGUUUUUUCGUGAACUCCACAGAGAGACCAACACCGACACCAUCGACGCCAACAACAACGUUGACGUGACAGCCCGUUCAUCUUCGGCCGUGUUUGUUCCACAACACAACCAAGCCGAGCACAUUGCUCGCUUGAAGCCACAGCUUGCACAGUCACGAACACUCUCGCCGUGA